AUGACUUCAACCAACCUAAAUCCAGACUACACCAUCCCAGACCCCCCGCUUACAGGUGAAGGCGAGGCACAAUGCGCCAAGUUGCGAGAAAACCUCAUCGCAACCUUCUCCCAAGAUGUAGAGAAACCCGAUGAUAUCGCUAUCGUCGUGAGUCCCAUGCGUCGUACUUUGCAGACAGCCAUGCUGUCUCUUGACUGGCUUGUCGAGCAAGGUGUGAAAAUCGAAGGCAAUGCAGACUGGCAAGAAAACUCGGAUAAACCUUGUGAUACAGGAAGUCAAGUAUCUUCCGUCGCAAAAGACUUUCCCCAAGUCAACGUCUCCACUGUCGACGCCGUCUGGCCGGACAAGAGAUCUCCUGCUGGUCGGCGGUACGCUUAUACCAAGAAGUCCAUCCUCGCCCGUGGAAAACGUGCUUUAGAGGAUCUCCAUAAGCGACCCGAGAAGCUCAUAUUCGUGGUAUCCCACUCUGGGUUUCUCAGGUUAGGUGUCACUGGAUAUUGGUUCUUUAAUAGUGACUACCGCGUGUUCGACUUCGAAGCCGAGAGGGGCGUCGAGGGUGAGUUGAGAAUCGCGCAGCAGGAGAGGACUCUUGCCGGUGGUCUGGGACUCUCGUGGAAGGAUCCUGUUGCUCUUGGGGGUGAUCUACCCGAGGAGGAUCCUGAAACCGAUCCCAGUGCUACUUGA